AUAGCCGUCAAAUUCGUGGUGGGGACGAGAAAUUUUCUAUGGGGAAGAUUCAGCUCCUAUCGUUCUCCAUCUCCCGCCACAUCACAGUUGCUUUACGUAAGCCUUCAUGCACCACUCGAAAACAAUAGAUCAAGUCCAAAGGCCUUGCUGUAUUAUGGGUCUUUCAAAUUGGAUGAUUAUUGGAGUAAUGAUUGGAUCAUUUGUCGGCAAUGUUUUUACUGGCAGUUGUAAGGAGGCUGCACUCUGCUGUUCUGGACGAGAUUCCGCGUGUGUCGUGCAGAAGACAUCGCCGAAUGCUAUUAUACAGACGUUGUCGGACAAACCGUGUUAUUGUGACCACGCGUGCCUCAAAUUAGGGGAUUGCUGUCACGACUUUAAGGAUGCUUGCGGAGUUCUAGAUUGCAUUGUCUCCGGUUGGGGUCCAUGGUCGAGUUGUGACAGUGAAUGUGGUCCUGGUUCACAGUCGAGGACGAGGAUGGUGGUGAGAAAUGCUGAAAAUGGAGGAAAACACUGUCCACAGCUAAUGCAGCAUCGAGGCUGUCAAGGAACUAAGUGCCAUACACGUAAUCCAAAGUCUGCUUUGAAAGAAGUCGCUCUAUUACUGCCAGCAGAAUUAAGUGAAGUUCGACACAUAAAUGACACCAAUGAUAUUCGAACGAAUCUUCGACUGCAAUACAGAGAAAGUCCCGAAUACGAUUCUUCUAACGAGUACUGUGUGACGUUCACUGUAACAAAGGCAUCGAAGGCGUGUUACAAUGAUGCGAAUCUCUCAGAAUUUGCAGAAGGUUCUCGAGUGUGUGUUAAAUGUCAAACACAAGCCUUAAGACGAGUUCUUGAUUGGCGAUGUGAAGGUGAUGGAGGUAUCGAGGCAAUGAUCACGAGGUGGAGUAUGCUCUCAUCUCCACAUUGUCACGGGAAGUGGUUGCGAACUGAGAAGACAGGUCCAGAAUGUGAAACCUUCCUCUGCAAGCCCGAAGCACACUUUAUUUUUGUUUGAAAAAAAAAAAACAAUUUUUCGACGAUUUCGAAAAAAAGUUUCCCAUUUCCAAUAGUCUUCGACAAAAAAGAAAAACGAAAAUUAAUGAAAAUUGCCUUCGAGAAUUUACGUAAGAAUUUUUUCAAUUUUUUAUACUAUUAUUUACUCUUUUUUAUUCGCAAUGAAAUCAAAGAAAAAAAGAAAUGUUUACCUUUCUUUGUUAUCAAUAUUUGUUUUUUUAAGGCAAUCACUUUCAUUAAUCAAUUUCCUCUGCGGAUAAUUGAAUCAAUCGUUGAAAUUGAUUUUUAAAUGUGAUUGAUUUAAAUUUAAAGAGAUAACAAGAGGUGAAUUUUUUUUUUUUAAAUUACAAUGUUGUUGAAUUCAAGUGAAGUUUGAAAAUUGAUAAAUUUAAUUAAAAGAUUAAGAGGAGUUGAAAGAAUAAUAAGUGAUUAAAUUUUUAAAAGUUAUGUACUUUUUUUACUUUGAAAAGAAUUGGAAUUUUGGUGAAUAAUUGAGAAUGAUGUUUGAUUGAGGCAUAAUCAUCGCUAUGUAAUAUACAUACAUAAUCCAAUAAGUAAAUUUAUCUGUAAGUUAG